AUCCAACGGUCGGCGGCCCUUCUUCCUCCAGCCCAACGUACCACCGGCCACCACCGUGAUGCCGCCGUUCCCGGCCAUCCAUCUAGCCUUGGCGAUGCCCGGUUAUUUGUCCGGCGAACCUCCUUCCUUCACUCCGACGUCUUCUUCCUUCCCUCCGGCGCCUGCUUCCUUCAGCGAAAACCGACUGACCCAAAUUGGAUUUUCAGGCGACUAACAUUUAGCUAUUGCGUAAAAAAAAAAGGCAUGAACGCCAAUCUCGUCGGUGCUACUACGAUCACGAUCAACAUACCAACGACCACACACAUUGUUCCAUCGACAAGAAACUGAACACCCCGCCCAUCUCGCCAAUGGAUCCAGGCAACAACGUUUGUUAAACGAGCACUGCGACUUCCUAGCAUGCAUUCGUUAAGAGUUUCAAAAAAAGAAGAAGCAUUCGUUAGAGUUUCAAAAAAAAAAAGCAUUCGUUGCCAUUUUUUUCCCCUUCAGCGGAGCAUGCACCGGCUGGCAAUGCCAGCCCUAGCUGCACGGGCCGCCUGGGCCUGGCGUGCACGUCUCCAUCGGUACAUUCUGCAUGAACAUAAUGCAUGCUCCCCCACCCUCUCCACCGGUCUCCCCGUUAUAUACUCCCACCACCCCCUUCCCAGGAGCUCGACAUCGCGACGUCGACGUACGGGCCCUCUCCUUCGUCGUCUCGAUCAGGCCUCUCGUCUCGUCUCAGGUGCGUCGCGUGCAUGCUGUCGCCGUCGCCGCCAUGCGUAUGAUAUGAUAUGGUUUGAAGCUAGGUCAGGUCGAGAGGCCGGAUUGAUCAAUGUCGAUGCAUGUUCGAUUUCCCCAUGCAGUGCCCUCAGCCUGCAUGGAUCGGCGGCCGGAGGGCAGCAGGGCGAGGAAGCGCGCGCGGGAGGAGCCGGACCAGGCGGCGGACUUCCCCUUCGACGAGGCGGCGGCCGCGGCCGACGCCGGGGAGGCGUGGCGCAGGCCGCCGGGCGUGUUCCAGUUCCCCUGGCAGAAGUGCCGCGGCGGGCUCGGCGUGGCCGGCGGCGGCGGCUGGGAGCUGCGGGACGUCUUCUUCCACUCCCUCGUCGACGGCGGCGCCGCGGCCAUCGGCGUGCCGGGCGACCGCCUCGUCUCGCCGCCGCCGCCCAGCAAGCAGCGCGCGCUCUUCGACGACGUCGACGCCUGGCUCGCCGCCGCCGCCGACGGCGAGGUCGACCCCGUCUGGCGGUCGGCGAUCAGGGGCGCCGGGCCCUCCGCGUCGGCGGUGUGACGAGAAGAUGCAUGACGUGGGCCGUGGAGGGCCCCCGUCGCCGGUGGCCCCGCGUGGCAUUCAGUGCGCGGCGCCGCCUGGCCCAUCGGCCCCGUGAAGCUGGCCUGGGUUGGCACACGGGCCUGUUGAUGAUCACGAUCAAUUUCCUCCUGUAUAUAUAUGAUGAUUGCUGCCAAUAAUUAUUUACUCUCUCUUCAUUUUUAAGCAUCACUUUAAUAAUCACAAGUCCUGUUUCCAAAUAGUUACACAUUCUCUCUCAAGCCUCUAGGUGAAAAUUUCGAAACCACAUACAUAUCCAUCUGAAACCUACUCAUUUCCCGUAUUUAAAUAUCAUGUUUUAGAUGACAGUCUUAUAUCUCUUUUUUUGCAAAUAAAUUCUUGCAUUACUCAAGGUUUAAAGAUGGCAGUCUUAUCAUAUGGUUACAUUAGGAAAAAGUUGAAUACAUCUCACAUAUUGACAGGUUAUUGAAGCGUUUUUUUCAUUGAUAUAUUUCUUGACGCUCUGCGGAUUUUUGAUUAUUUGUGUCUAACGCAAAAGGCAAAACAAAACAAUAGACAAAUGACCAAUACCAUAAUACUAGUACUCAUGACCUCUAACUUUUUUUCUUCGAAAAGGGGCGCUUUAUUACUUAAAAGGUUCUAACUUUUUUUUUGUAAUAACACAUUUAUAGUUGUAGUUUUAAAGGCUCUGUGUCUCAGAGCAUAAAAUUUAUCCACAUACACAAAUUUUCCUUUAUAGUUUCUCACUACCUCAAAGUGCCUCAACUCCAAUUGAGAUGGAAUGAACA